CCUCACUCAUCCCUUCUCAGUUCUCACAGCACCACCACACAGGUUAUUGUUACUAUUACAUAACUCGCACUCACAUACCCAAAUAACACAAACUUAUCAUAACAUCCUCAAUUUUUUCAAGUAUUUUCAUCUUCAUGUCUGGUGAAGAUUGAACCGACCAACAACAACGAUAACAAAAACAUCAUCAACAACAUCAACCAUGUCAGAUGAUCAAUUUCCAGCAAGUGGAAACUGGUGGGAAUCAGCUAGAAACGUGAGGUUUGAGAGUGGGGAAUCGCAGUCUAUUUCUUCAUCUUCUGGACUUACCAACAUAGGAAACUUUGGGUGGCAACAACAUGAUACGGUUCAGCAAGACAUGAAGCCAAGGUCUAAUUCUUCUAUGGACAACUCUGUCUCAGGUAGUUCCUCUUUGGUUUUCCAUGAUACCCAUCAUCAGAAACAGCUUCAGCCUCAUGAUUCUGCCACUUCUUCCAAUGAUCCCAACUUGCACAUGAUGGGUUUGGGCCUUUCAUCCCAAGCCAUGGAUUGGAAUCAAGCAUCUUUGUUGCGAGGUGAGAAGGGUUCAGAGGGGAGUUUCAGGUCCAUGUUGCAAGAGAAUUUGAGCUCAUCAAGCCCCAAUUUUCAGCAUGAAACUGGGAAUAACAAUAUUGGGUUGUCUCCUCAUCAUGUUCAAGUUCAUUGGAGACCUGAAAAGUUGUUCUCUCCUGAGUCAUCUACCAAUGAAUUCAAAAGGGGUUUCUCUUUGGAUCAAACACAGUUUAGUCCUCAAUAUAGCUCUGGGGACAGCACUGUCACAAGUCAAGGUUUGCCUUGUACUUUUCAGAUGGAUUAUGUUGGGAACCCUUCUUCAAUAUUGCAAGGACUAUUAGGAUCCGAGAGCAAUAAUAACCAACCUCAACAAGGUGGUGCUGCUUCAUUUGAGAGCCGAACCAUGAAUUUUCCUUACUCAUCAGCAGCAAGUUAUGGACUAGGUUCUAAUAUUGAGUUGGUGCCUUCUUGGUCUAAAGUUCCUCAGUUCUUGAGAGCUUCACCUCCGAAACAACCACCCAAUAACCAAUUGCAUUUCACCAAUAACGCCCCCUUUUGGAAUGCUAAUUCUGAGGCUGCUAUUAAGGAUGCUCGAUCCAGCUUCAUCCCUUCAUUGCAGCCCCCCUUUUCCACAUCGAAUUUCGAUGUACAAUCAAAGAAUAUAUCUGACGUUAGGGACUCGGGUGCUGUGGUGAAGAAAAGUGGGGGAGAGCCUGCACCCAAAAGGCCCAGGAACGAAACCCCAUCGCCUUUACCAGCUUUUAAGGUGAGAAAGGAGAAGAUGGGGGACAGAAUCACUGCACUCCAACAAUUGGUUUCACCUUUCGGAAAGACUGAUACAGCAUCAGUGCUUUCUGAAGCCAUCGAAUAUAUCAAAUUCCUCCAUGAACAAGUGACCGUUUUAAGCACCCCAUAUAUGAAAAGUGGUGCUCCGAUACAGCAUCAGCAGAGUUCUGGUAAAUCUAAGGAAUGUGAGGGACCAAAGCAGGAUCUAAGAAGCCGAGGGCUAUGUUUGGUGCCAGUUUCUAGUACAUUUCCUGUGACUCACGAACCCACUGUUGAAUAUUGGACACCAACAUUUGGAGGAACUUAUAGAUAGUUAAUUAAUGGGUGGAAAAAGUGGCACGGAAGCAGUACUCACACCAACAAGGACAUGUCUUAUCAAAACCUGGCCAAGUUGGGAAUGAUAAGAUGAAAGAAAGAGAAAUCAACAGGGAAGGCCACAUUAAUAUGUAAAGUUAGUUAGUUUUGAUGAGAUGCAAAAGAUAAUAAAACGAUUAGAGGGAUGGAAAGAGAACAUGGAAAAUGGCUUGAAAGUGGGAAGAAAGGGAAAUGACCCUUCACAAGAGAGGCCAUAUAUGGACCAACUACAUGCAUGAAGAGGUAAUUUGGCCAAUUUUGGGACCAUUGGAGCACACUUUAGUUAUUGUAAUAAUUGAAGAAUUAUAUAUGCUUACAUGGGUGGGAUUAGGAAUCACAAAUUAUGUUGCGGAAUAUAGGGAAGUUCUUGGUCUGAGUUAGAUAGAAAAUUGUUGUUAGGGGAAGAUAAAGGACCUUUAUUAAUUUCUUCUUGUUAUUUUGUGAAUAGAGGUGGAACUACCUUUAGUUCAAGAAAAAGAAAACUAAUUUG